AUGAGUGGUUAUGAAUUUCAGAGUCAUCUCGGCUCAUACGGGCUGAUUUAUGCAAAGGGCACCGCGGCUUUAAACCGCCCGGGGCUAGAAUUACCAGAAAGGAAAAGAGUGAGAAAUGAAAUCCCAACUGUACCUGGCGGUGUCUGGGAAUCCCUCGCCGGCACCGAUCGUAAUCCCCCUCCGCGCCUCUGGCCCCCCACACCAAAACUUUGCCGCCGCCGCUCCUCGGUGGUGGCCGCCGCCGCCCUCCGCCCGGCGCCGCUCCCGGCCGGCCCCGCGGGCCCGUUCCCCGCCGGCCGCCGCCGCUCCGAGCGACCCCCGCGCCUCCCGCGCCUUCCUCCGCCCUUACGAGGCGGCGGCAUCGUCCUACCCCCUGCUCCGCCACCUCCUCCUCCGGCGCGCAGCCCACGGCUCUGGCAUUCCCAACGCACUUUCUCUCCUCGGUUCGCUCUCUCUUUCCCCCGCCGUUCUUCCUUCUCCGGAUCACACGAGGAGCAGGCACGGCGACCCAGGACCCUCGUAAGUCGGAGAAGGCAUCGGACACAUGUUGCUGAGGACAAUUUAGCAAGCUCUAUCGGCUUGGACUCGCCCUCUCCCCCUUUUUCAGCGAUGGGAAGCAAGCGGGCGGCGCUGCCGGGGGAUGCACGGGCUGCGCAGAGCCCGAUCCCCGCCCUGCCUCACUCUGAGCCCGCCGGGCCGGCGCUGCGGGAGAGGAAGGUGCGGGUAUCGCCGUCCUUCGCGGCGGGACUGCCCCGGCACCGCUGCUCCGGGGGCGCUCCGCGUGGAUCGGAGCGGAUCGGAAGGGAGGCCGGGAAGAGAGCUGAAAAACUCCCCGAGCGGCGGUUCUGGGAGAUGCCCUCGCUAGCAAUAAUUACAGCCGUGCUCUCCACCAACAUGGCGAUAUUUCAUGUGCAGCCGCCGCCAAGCCCGCCUCCCCCACCCCCUUUUUUUGCUCUCCUUCCUCCCUUGCGAACUUUUAGAUACGCAGUACCAGUAUUCAACAAAUAUAACAUAGAAUAAAAGAAUCUCCAGCCCUCAGGGAAGAGACGGACCUCCUCCAGUAUUCUGUCUGGUUUUCAUCAUCAGUCAUAAAGACUUAAAAACCUCUGGAGAAACCGCCUUUUGCCCUAAAGCGGUAACAACACCCACUCCACCCCCCACCCUCCUAUUUCUCCUGUACACUCAGUGCAUAUGAGAGUGAGUGUGUGUGUUUGU